GGAUAGCAAAGAAUAUGAUUACUACGAUGUUGGUGCCAUGAGAUUUCCCUUGCCGCAGAAGGACAGUGACGGCAAUUACAAGACCGGUAUUAUGAAGCGCUUGGGCGAGUUAAUCAACUACCCAAAGCUCAACGACGGUCAAGUACCUUUAAAGUCCACACUUAUCGACUACUAUUACAAGGCGAGGGCAGGAGGAUCUUUCCUCUACUUCAACAAUGAACGUUACCAAGUCUCUGACACAUCGCACCCUCCUGACUUUCGUGCCCGGGAAAUGGGUGUUGAGUCCGAGUAUGUCGCAGUGGGAGUAGAGAAGAUUGUUGACGACGUCGUUGAACCAUUCUCCCGUAUGCUCAUAAACGAUUUGGAGAAGCAGGUCCACAAGGGAAUGACUGCAUACUCGCUUCGCGCAUACAUGUCGUUCAAGUACAUUCCCAGCGUCAGCCUCGAACUCCCGCCCAUGCAUCUUGCCACCAGCGUUAUCAAUUGGUGCGAGACAUUCGACAACAGCACCGGCUCGUAUGACCGCGGUUUGACUGAAGCGGUUCUCGAGUCGCUGGCGUUCGCAAAGGCCGGGUCGGAAAUCAUCGGAGACGUAGAAUGGAAGUGCUUCAAAGGCGGUUCUCACGUACUCAUCGACUAUAUGACGAACUACAUCACUGCUAACGGUAACAAUGAUCUCAUCAAGUUCAAUAAAAGCGUCACGAGCAUCUCUCAGGGAGGUGAAGACACCAUGGAGGUUUCUGUGAGGGGCGGACCCAGCCGCACAUAUUCACAUGUUAUAUCGACCAUCCCUCUGCCGUGCCUGCGCACGAUUGACCUCUCUGGUGCUGGUUUAAACGUGAUGCAGAAAAACGCAUUGCGCAAGCUACAGUACGGUCCUUCAAUCAAAGUCGGGGUCCGCUUCCAAUCAGCCUGGUGGACGGAUCGAUUCGGUAUCGUAGGAGGCCAAUCGUUCACUGACCUUCCCAUUCGAACUAUCGUCUACCCUUCUUACGGGGUCGAUUCUGCCUCACCAUCCACAGUGCUGAUCGCGAGCUACUGUUGGACAAAUGAUGCAGAACGCUUGGGAGCGCUCAUCGGCACCGAAGUACACAAUAUCACUUACAGUUUCUUGUCGGAUCAGUACUUGGACAUAUAUGCAUGGGACUGGAACUACGACCCGCUCACCAUGGGUGCCUUUGCGUACUUUGGGCCUGGAGAUUUCCAGGAUUUAUACACGGCGCUCAGUGUUCCAAAUGCCAAUAAGAGGUUCCAUUUCGCUGGAGAGGCCAUCAGCACCCGUCAUGCGUGGGUUGUGUACGAAUACCUGCUCGCUUCUGGACAGCCUCAAACUACUAUUGAAAAAUUCUUCAAUUUAUGGGGCAAGAACAUCGAGUGGGUAGGCCCAUCAUCCUGGUAUGUUGAUGAGGGGCGGAGUACAGAGGAUCCAAACACGAACACCAUGUUACGAGUCCACAUGGCAUGCACAUAUGCUGGUGAAACAUCUGGGGAGGUGAAGUUCUGAACAAGACGUAGUGAUUAGCUAGGUAACAUUGACUGAAGUUGUAACAUCACUCGCCUUGUACUAUCAUUGAUGACUUGUUUGCUCCUAGGAACUAAAAUACAUCGUGUGU